UUGUUUUUGUGAAAAACCUUCAACAUGGUUGCCGUUAAGAAACAAAAGAAGGCUUUAGAGAGCACCAAUGCGCGUCUGGCGCUGGUUAUGAAAUCCGGCAAAUACUGCCUGGGAUACAAGCAGACUCUGAAGACCCUGCGUCAGGGCAAGGCCAAACUGGUGCUCAUCGCCAGCAACACGCCUGCUUUGAGGAAGUCUGAGAUUGAGUACUACGCCAUGUUGGCCAAAACUGAAGUUCAGCACUACAGUGGCACCAACAUUGAGUUGGGCACCGCCUGCGGCAAAUACUUCCGCGUGUGCACGAUGUCCAUUACCGAUCCUGGAGAUUCUGAUAUCAUUCGUUCGUUGCCAGACAAUUAAUGGGUUCUCGGUUUUAAAUGUAAUCAAACAAAAUAGAAAACAUUGAAAUGGUACGAGUCGUACAUUCGAA